CCAGUCGACCAAGUUGUUUCUGCAACAUGAAGGUGUUCCUAACUAUUCUGGCUUUGGCCGUGGCCUCCGCCUCGGCGUACGAGAGCGUCGUGCACCCCAAGGAUCUGCCCAAGGUGGGCAAGAUCGAGGGUCGCAUUACCAACGGCUACCCGGCGGAGGAGGGCAAGGCUCCCUACACCGUCGGUCUGGGUUUCAGCGGCGGCUGGUGGUGCGGUGGCUCCAUCAUCUCCAACGAGUGGGUCCUUACCGCCGAGCACUGCAUCGGAGGUGAUGCCGUGACUGUCUACUUCGGAGCCACCUGGCGCACCAACGCCCAGUUCACCCACUGGGUUGGAAGCGGCAACUUCAUCACCCACGGAUCCGCUGACAUCGCCCUCAUCCGCAUCCCUCACGUGGACUUCUGGCACAUGGUGAACAAGGUGGAGCUGCCCAGCUACAACGAUCGCUACAACGACUACAACGAAUGGUGGGCUGUUGCCUGCGGCUGGGGUGGCACCUACGACGGCAGCCCCCUGCCCGAUUGGAUGCAGUGCGCCGAUCUCCAGAUCAUCCACAACUCCGAGUGCGCCAGCUACUACGGAACCGGCACCGUCGGCGACAACAUCAUCUGCGUGCGCGUGGUCGAUGGCAAGGGCACCUGCGGAGGCGACUCCGGCGGUCCUCUGGUCACCCAUGACGGCGGCAAGCUUGUGGGAGUCACCAACUGGGUGUCGGGAGCCGGUUGCCAGGCUGGCCACCCCGCUGGCUUCCAGCGUGUGACCUACCACUUGGACUGGAUCCGUGACCACACCGGCAUUGCUUACUACUAAGCAACGAUUUUCGAUUGAAUAAAAAUAUUUGAAGUGCAAA